AUGCUUUCAAAACCAACACCACCCACUCUAAGGCAUCCAACUCAAUAUGUAUCUCCCAAAACCACCAAACGCCAAUACACUAAAUUGACCAAGGAUAUGAUCGAACUACUCAACCAAAACUGGGAAAUCAAGCCAAGCCAACAUUUUACUGCGACAAAAGCGCUAAUCGGGUCUGUAAUCAUCGAUACUGAAAAUAAUUACGGUCUCCUUAUUUUGAUAUUCGAAGUAUAUGGUCGUGACCCUGACAUCGAUAGCCACGCUGAACAACGUAGCUCUACUGGUUCAACAAGGCAAACGACAUCUGUACCGUCUGUAGGCCAGAAUGAUUUUGAGAUUUUUACCAUGCGCCAAACCGAAGGCAGCAACAUUUCAAUUAAACUUAUACUUGGUACCCACUCUUUCAACGCCCUUAAGACUGCUAUUACACUUUAUGAUCAUGUUCAUGAUAUCGAUAGCCACGCAAAACAACGUAGCUCCAUUGGUUCCACUCCCCAAUCCACAUCUGUCCCGUCUUUAGGUCAUAAUGAUUCUGUAAUAUGUACCAUGCGCCAAAUCGAAGGAAGUAAUGUUUCCAUCAAGCUUACACUUGGUACCCACUCUUUCAACGCCCUUGGGACUGCUAGUACACACCAUAACAAAUCACAACGCACAUACGAUCAAGCCUUUUUGUUUGCCAUGGGCGAAACAAAUCGUACAAGUAACUCAAAAAAACGGGCAUUAAUGUUUGCAGAUUUUUACGAUGUUGUUCCUGUUGCAGUAAAUGAUGAAGAUGGUAAUGAGUUAGACGUCAAUUUAUCCUCAAGCCAUAUAGAACAGUUCCAGACCAUGCUUUCAAAACCAACACCACUCACUGUAAGGCGUCCAAUUCAAGAUGUAUCUCCCAAAACCAUUUUUCGAACUUGUAGUACUGUCAACAGCAUCGGUAAAUUCGGAGCCUAUUCCCAAUACUUAAGCAAGCGCCACUACACUGAAUUGGCCAAGGACAUGAUCGAACUACUCAACCAAGACAUCAAGCCAAGCCAACGGUUUAUUACAGCAAGAGCACUCAUCGGAUCAGUCAUAAUUGAUUCUGAAAACAAUCGUGGUCUCCUUAUUUUAGCUUUGGAAGUAUAUGGUCGUGACCCUGACAUUGACAGCCACUCUGAACAACGUAGCUCUACUGGUUUAACAAGGCUAACGACAUCUGUACCGUCUGUAGGCCAAAAUGAUUUUGAGAUUUUUACCAUGCGCCAAACCGAAGGCAGCAAUAUUUCAAUUAAACUUAUACUUGGUACCCACUCUUUCAACGCCCUGAUUACUGCUAAAAUUGACAUGGACCAUAACAAAUCACAACGCACAUACGAUCAAGCCUUUUUGUUUGCCAUGGGCGAAACAAAUCGUACAAGUAACUCAAAAAAACGGGCAUUAAUGUUUGCAGAUUUUUACGAUGUUGUUCCUGUUGCAGUAAAUGAUGAAGAUGGUAAUGAGGUAGACGUGAUUUUAUCCCCAAGCCACGUCGAAAAGUUCCAGAACAUGCUUGCUAAACCAACCUCACUCACUUCAACAGCAAUUGGUGAAUUUGGAGCAUAUUCCGGUUACUUAACGAAACGCCAUUACACUGAAUUAAAUAAGGAAAUGAUCGAAAUGCUUAACCAAGACUGGGAGAUCAAGCCAAGCCAACGGUUUAUUACAGCAAGAGCACUCAUCGGAUCAGUCAUAAUUGAUUCUGAAAACAAUCGUGGUCUCCUUAUUUUAGCUUUAGAAGUAUAUGGUCGUGACCCGGACAUUGACAGCCACGCUGAACAACGCAGCUCCACUGGUUCCACUAGGCAAUCGACAUCCGUACCGUCUGUAGGCCAGAAUGACUUUGAAAUUUUCACUACGCGCCAAACCGAAGGCAGCAAUAUUUCAAUUAAACUUAUACUUGAUACCCACUCGUUCAACGCCCUUGUCACUGCUAGUACACGGAUCGACAACUUGGUGGAUCAACCUGAAUGCGGGCCAAACACUGUCAAUUUCGGUGUGUCUCCUAACUCCCACUUAAAGUACAAGUUUUCCAUCUAUACUCAUUCCCGGCUUAUGCAACUUCGCCAGCUCAGAACUCGCUUCGAUAAACUUUACACGUAUUCUGCUUCCCGAUCCGCAUUGUUUCAUGGUUAUCUGCAGCAACCAAUGACUGUGUUUACAUAUGGCAAGAAUACAACAUCCAUCAAUUCAGGGUCACUAUCAUCAAGGUUCUUAACUAUGUUAGCUACGUCUGUUAUGAGGGAUGGUCAGAAUGCUCAUCUUGGAAAAGUCAAUGUCGAAAACUUGCUUACAAAAUUUAAUAAGGAAACGAAGGCUAAGCGUGUCAUUCAACGGGUACUGCAACUUUUUGGAGACAGUGAUUCUAUUUCUAUCAUUGAAAAUACUGACCUGACGGACGAUGUUAGUGAUACUUGUUUGCGUGCUGCACCACGUGACUAUUCUGGAUGGGAAGACGAAACAUGGACACCUAGAACAAAAGCCAGCAACUUGACGCAUGCAUUGGAAUGGAAAGCAGCACCAAACACUGCUCAGAAAACUGCGUUGGUGCAUAAACAUGGAACCCGGUGGUCACAAUUGCACUUGCUGGAGUAUUUUAAUCCUGUGGAUUUUACAGUGAUUAAUCCAAUGCAUAAUCUGUACCUCGGUACAUGUAAGAGGAUCAUGGUCAACAUGUGGAUUCCGGAUAAGGAUAUUGUACUGGCCGACCGUGAGCGCAUCAAACCAGCACUGAAACAUAAACCAUUAACUGAUCAAGAUAUUAAUGUCUACUUCCAAUCCACGCUCCCAUCUGAUCUUCCGGGAUAACAAUUUAUUUCAAUCCUUCCUUAUAAAAAGGAUCCCCUUUUCCAUUCAAUAAAAAGAUAUCUAGUUUUGGUCUCAAAU